UUAUUUUAAAUUCAGGUAUUCAGAGUAAAACCUCAAAAAACCAAACAAUCGCACCGUAUCACAAUGAACAUAGGAUUUAUUACAUUGGUAUGGCUUGUUUCUCUGUUGCGCAUUGCAGGAUGUGAUGACCCUAAAGGACAUCUUCAACCUCUCGGGUCUCACAUGCCACCGAUUAAAAUCGAUGUCAUAGAUACUCCUCCAACACCCCAAGAAUUUUUUGAGAAGUAUAUCAAGGUUAAUAAACCAGUCGUCAUCAAAGGAGCAGCAAAAGUAUUUAGCAAUUUCAAGACGUGGCAAGAUGACGAAUAUCUCAAAAAGAAAUACGGUAAAUGGCUUGCUCCAGUAGAAGUUGGAAAAUACGAAAAAAAAAUUGUACUAAUUCCAUUUAAAGUAUUUUUACGAAACUACAACAAGCAUCCGAUAUGUAUAUCACGAGAUAUUGUACCGCUCAACCCAAUGAGAGAUGAACUGUCUCUUAUGCAAUCAAUGUCAUGUGGCGGAUAUCGAGAGCGGAUAGUCAGAGUGAUGUUUCUGUUAUCAUCGGGAUCAGGCCAAUCAGCAUUGCGUUGGAAUAAUGAGGAAAAUAUGCAUUGUAUGCUUGACGGUACAAAGAAUUGGACAAUCAUCCACAGGAAUGAUCGCCAUAUACUUCCAAGUCAUAGUCAAAUGCCUAUGUAUUCUGCUGUAGACCCAAGAAGUGUUGAUAUGUACAAACAUCCCGUAAUGCAGGAUAUACAUUGGUAUCAGGCUUUCGUCGAGGCAGGAGAUUGUUUGUUUGUUCCAAAUAAUUCGCCUUACUACGUGAAAUCGAGAGAUUCAAGAAAUUUGGGGUUUUCAGUCUGGUUUGCUGCACCGAGGUCUCUAAGUCUAAAAGAUUGUCCAGAAAAAGAAGCUGACGUGCCCAAUUCUGCUCCAAUUGGUCGCAGUAUGAUAUCAGAAGUAGAAUUUGUCAAAUCAAUAUUUUAUACAAUGAUUGAUGAUCGCACCGAUAAAGUAUCAAGUUUCGACUUUCACAGCAGUUCUAAAAUUCCUUCCAUGGAUAUAGAAUCGAGAUUACUGCUAUUUGAUAUAUUAGAUUUGAACGAUGAUGAUUCCAUCAGCGCAGACGAGAUUGAAAGUAUUUCUGACUUAUCCGACUCUAUUUGGAAAGAUCUGAUAUAUGACCAGGACGAGUAUAAAGAGUUGGAGGAAGAGAAAAAAACUGAUGAAACUGGAAAAGAUAAAACAGAGCUUUGAAUAUCUUAAUGCCUCUGAUGACAUCGUAAUUUGUGUAACUCAAUAAAACCGGGGUGGGCUUUUUUUUAGUAUAAGAGCAGCAUGCAGCACAUCAGAAAUACAGAAGAGCCACCUAAUUUUCAAAAUUAUUAUUAUUAAAGCUCAUUAAAUCAU